AGCCCAUUUACCUCGGACCACUUUCAGUUAAGACUAACUCCUUAAGGCCCAUCUGUAUAUAUAGUGGUGUUGCUGACGGCUCAAGAUGAGGGUGUCUACAGCUUGUCAAGCAUGUCGAUCUCGCCGACGAAAAUGUGAUACCCCGCAUUUUGGGGCUCCUUGCAACUAUUGCUCAGAGCGUGGCAUACAGUGUACGAGAGACACCUCCACCACUUUACCAAGCUCAAAGAACAAUAAAUCAAUUGUAUCAAGUGGAUUACAGCUUCGAGAUAUCGCAGCUCAAUCAAGUCAAUCAUUUCAAGACGCACUUCCUCCACUUCCAAUAUGUCUUGAGCUUGUCAACUUAUAUUUCGACUUUAUUCACGACCAAUUUCAUUCUCUGUUCCAUCGACCGAGUAUGAUUGAAGAUGUUGAAAAGGGUGUUGCUUCGCCUGUCAUAGUUCUUGCUAUGCUGGCACUAUCUGCAAGAUUUUCGACUAAUUCCUUCUUCUCAAGCAUCAAUCCAAGAGAAAGAAGUGAUGACUUUGCAAGAGAAAGCAGUCGUCUGCUCAAUCUUAGAGAUGUGUCGUUGUCCACUGUUCAAGCUUGCGUGCUUCUAGGUGCAUUCAGCAUCACCCGUGGUGAGGCGCACGCAUAAUCAGUAUAUUACUGCGUCGCUUGUCGGAUCGCGAACCUUCUGGAUCUUGCCUACAAGCCAACUUCUGGUGCAGUAGAGCGCGAAGUCAACGUACGAGUGUGGUGGUCUUUGUGCAUGAUAGAUGUUUGGUCUUCAACAGGAGUGAGACUUCCAAGACAGAUGCCAACACUGGAA